GAUGUAAAGCUGUUAGGACAAAAGUAAAUUGCAAGCAAGACAAAAAGGAAGAAAUGCAAGUACAAACAUAUACUACAACUUUGGUGGUCAUUUAACUAUACAGUAUUCUACAUUUGAGUUACAAUCAGAAGUCUGUAGGUACUGGCAAGCUAUCUGUUCUUCAGGGUCAGCAGCCUCCUAAAGGGACACUAAAAGCAAAUAUUAAGACAUGCAAAAUUGAUAGAUUUAUGCUCGAGAAUGUCUAAGGCAUCAAUAUUAUUGCGAACAGAGCUUUAGUAAUAAAAAACUUCAGAUAAAUGCAGGACAUGAUUUGCAACUCAUCUGGGACAUUCAAGUACUAGCCCAAUGACGUAGCAACUCAUAAUAAUUCUGUCACUAGUACUCAACCUCUCAAUAAAAAGAUAAUUGUAUUGCAUUAUAAGACAGAAGCAAAUGCUACUUGUCCAGUUCUGUUCUAUGUUUAGAAAAAGUCGCAGUUUCGCCCGGAAGGUGAAGCAUCAGUUCGAUAGCAAAUAUUGGACAGCUAUACGAAGUAGGAUAGCAGCUUUAUCGACCAUAUGACCUUGUAAACAUUUGCUUACUCACUAAAUUAACAAGCAUGGUGUCAUCCAUGCACAAGCAAAUAUGAACACACCUAACUCGAUCAUCAUGGAAACUCGCUGUCAAAACGCAGAAGUGAGGAAGUGCGGAAGCAGCAGCGAGUGAAUUGACCUUCGUGCUGCCUUUCGCUUCAACGCGAAGUAAGCGGUGAAAACGCAGCGCACACGCAGGGUGUCUACCAACUGGGAAAACCGGGGAUUCUCGGGGAUUUUGAAAGUCUGGAAAUACUCGGUGAAAACUCGGGGAACUUGUGAACUCGGGGAAAUCCCUUCUAUCAGGGAAAAUUGGCUGUUACUUUAUUAAAAGGGAACGAAAGUCGCGCUUGUGCUGACUCGAGUAACAGGGAGGAAUGUCGUCGGCUGGAGGAGUUGCCAUUUUUCAGUGAACGACCGAUUUUCAGGACGCCCUAUUUUUCAGGCAUGCCUUAUAAUUCGGACGGCUUGGCGGCGCCACCACGUACACCAUAUAGUCAGUGUAUAAGAGCGUCUGAAAUUUCGGACGCAAGAACCCUUCGCCGUCCGAUUUUCCGGACUUUUUGCCUUGAUCGCAGGCCCGAAAUGACAUUAAUUAAAGCCACCACGGCCGCCAUUUUGACUAUCUCUCCGCAUCGAACCGGCGCUCACACGCAAAUGGCAGCCGUAACCACCACCGCGGCAACUAAGCUUCUUGCCGUUCGGUGCCAUGUUUUUCAUUGAAAGAAUUCGCUGCUGUCAGCAGUGGCGCCGACUCCGCCUUUGUAAUCCACGCGAUUGGCUUCGAAGCUCGGAAAGCACGACGCGUUGCAUAAUAUCGAUUCCCGAAAGUCGGCUUCACCUCAAUACAGCAAUGUUACGCAGUGAAGCCUAGCAAGCGUAGUAAGGGGCAAUUGUCACGGGACACAGUAUGUAUUCUCUAAUUAUACACGCGUACACAACGGCCGUCUCCCGUCACAGUACAAGCACCGAUAUGCCUAAUAAAUGUACUGGUAAACCUUCAGAGCUUUUUCGCCCGUGCUUGUGGCGAUUUGAGCUCCUAAGGCCACUAAAAUACUUGCAUUCAUAUUUUUAGGACGCUUUUGCCUCCCAUAGGGAGACUGAAAAAUCGGAUGUUUAUUACAACUGACCUAGAGGAUGCUUCAAGUAGUCAGUGAGGCAAACGCGCGGCGCAAGGAGGACGAUAACAGAAAGGACCGGCGCAUUGAGGAAUGAAUGGGAAAGGAAGCGUGCCGCCGCUUCUUUGAAGGAGCUCGAGCUCAAAAAACAGUUGGCUGACGCCGAGAUGCAGAUGUCCCCCAGCCAAACGAAAGUAAACUCUUUAAAGCAGUGAAACGCAACACUGAGGUGUUGUGCGCAGGGUGAGAGUAUGUCAGGACAGUUGAGGUUGACUUUUCAGCUGCUCAGCGAGACUCACUAAAGUUCGGGCCUCAUAUCAAUGAGCUUGCUAUCAGUUGAUAGAAAUACCUCAUACUCGAAAAUAUUUGCUUCUGUAUGCACCUUCCUUUUAUUCGUAUUUGAAUAUGUUCGACUCGCUUUGCAAUAGGUUUUGCCAUUCUUUUUAGAAGAUAUUCGCUGUGCAUUUUCCUAACCCCUCAAUUGCUUUCUUUUCCGAUAAAAUAGACACCACUCUUCACUAUUCAAGCUGGACUAAGUCGAUUUUUUUUUUUUAACAUGCUUACUAGAGAGUGACAGCAUCGGGCAACACGAAGUCAGCCCGUCUGGACAUAAAACAAACUUCUGUGUAACUCAGGGAAUUUUGCAAAAGCACUCAGGGAAAAUCGGGAAAGCUCGUGGAAUUUGGAAAUGUCAAUUUGGUAGGCACCCUGACAAGGAGUUCUCAGCACUCCGCACAUUGUGUCCCCAUCGCAGAUCGCUUUGAAGAUUUGGCCCGCGCGGUCGCGCCAUACGCAGCAGCCACUGGAGUGGGACCCCCCCCCCCCGCUGCCUUGCGCCCGUCGGAAGACCGCGCGAGAUUGAGCCGCUGUCGUCGGCUCCUACUCGCACGCUCUUACUCACACAUCGGCAUACGGCGCGCGGUGACGAUGGUAUCGCCCUUCGUCUUUAUACGGAACAUCACGGCGACGUAAGGAAUCUGCCGUAAGGAAUCUUUUAAAAAUUUGGUGCAGCAAAAAAAAUCUGAUGUAUUGCCGACACGGUAUGACUAAAAAGUUUCCAACUUUUUCACACGUACAAAAUGGCAGCUCCUGGCUCUGAAACGGUCGGUCGCCGCCACAGACACCACAGCGCAUCGGGAUCCUGUGCUGAGGGAAAAUAUGGGUCAUUGAGUAGGUGGCAAUGUGUACAUAUGUGCCUCUCUUUAAUGAACCUCUUACACGCCGACAUGGGUGACUGUAGAUGCAGGACUGGGUACAUACUGCUGUUCGAAGAAACACUUCGACGCCGACUUGGAGCACUGGGUAUAUACCACUGGGUCUGUGCUGGUCUUCAUUGAACCUCUUGGUGCCAACUUAAUUGGGUCACUGGAUAUGUGCCAGUAGGAGUGUGCCAGUCUGCAAUGACAAGAAUGGUCAUUUAAAGGGGCCCUGAACCACUUUUUAUCGAAGUGAAGAAAGGCAUUUGAUGUGAAAAUAGGUGAUUUCAGAAGCAUUUAUGUAACCGUUACGUUUACCGGGAAACGCUGGUGGAGAGCACUAUGCACGAAGACAUGAUUUCUGGUGGAAACACGGCUUCUUGCAUGGGUCGAUUUCCGGUUGUUGUUUUGCACUUCUAAUAUUUUAGUCUGAGAAGAGCUAACAUAAACGAUUCACGCGUCGGGGUAUUUUUUUGUUGUUUUUCAUUAUAUUUGUUUGUGGGCUGCCGUUGGCAAAAUUCUGAGGAACAACUUUGUGAAGAAGGAAAGACAAGGUAUGAGCAACUUUGAUGGUAGAAGAGUGGUUGGGUAUGCGUGGUUCGGAAUUAUGUCCGCCUUUUCUGUCGGAGCGACGCCUGACGGGGGACGCCGACGCCGGAUUUUCUGCGACAUGGGGCCCUUGACGCCAUUGAGUUAAUACCAUAGAGAAAUAAAUGUUAAUAACUUGCCGCAUAAAGUACUUGAAUGCCUUCAGCAGAAGAGGAUUUAUUGGCAAUUAAACACGUCAUCCGCUGUGCUCCCGUUCCUUGUUCAAUGCCUUGCACUGCGAAGGCUACGGCGGAGUGAGGCGUGCCCACAACGCUCCGCCAUGCUCCCCCUUCUAAAUGUCACCGUGGCGCGCAGUUCAAAUUUAAUUUUCGAUGUUAACGUAGACGCCACGACUUCCGAUUUCGGUGCCUACGACGCGCUAAACGUAAGCCAAACGCUAUUGUCCUCAGCGAGCCGCAGUAAGCUUAGCCAGUUAGUGCUCCUGUAUAUGCUACAGAAGGCAGCAUAUACAGGCUUUGGUAGCAUGUACAGUAAUCCUAUAGCCAGUGGACUAAUGGCGAUACCCCGCGGCGGCCGCGGUAUUUACGCUAGUAGCUGAUCGCAGCUACCAAUAGCGGCCGCAUAUGAGAAUCCUCUUCACUAAGAAAUAAAGCGUCCAGAAGAGAAUGCGUUGAAAAGAGAGCCUUUGAUGCAAAAGUGACUUCGCGUUCUUGCGAGCUCCACACACCUCGUACGACAGCAAAACUUGGCUGAGAUGUUCACAGCAGCGCUUGCUACCCGUGAACUAUGUUAUUUCACCAAGCCCGAAUGGCGGUACAGGGCCCCUUCAAAUUUCACCUGCGCUGGGCGGAAUCGAAACCACGUCGAAAUCGAAACGAAACCAAUGGAAAUCGAAAACAUCAGAAACCAUACGGGUUCCUGAAGAACAGCAACCCGACGUUAAAAAGGCAGUGCCACACAUUCACUGGGUAUAUGUGUCGCUCUUCGAUGAACCUCUCGUGAACGUAGGUCACAGUGUGUAUGCCACUGGGUGUGCGGAAAGCGAGGGAACAAUUCUCAGUGUUCGCACGCAUGAAGCCUUGCCACGCAUCUUGUCUCAGAGGUCACGCGCGGACACCUCGGCAGUGCCACUAGAAGACGCAGCUGUUGAAGUCCCAAUACAGCUAAUAAAAAAACCUCGGUCCAACGAGCAAGGCACUGCUAAUGCCAUUGAGCAAGUGAUUAAAACGAAGAAAAUUCCGGUUGGAUGGCGCGGAUGCAAGAUGAACCUCAUCUACAAGGGCAAAAGUGAUAAGGGUAGGACCAGCUGGUAUAUGCCUGUUACAGCAACGUCGGUGAUAAAUAGAAUGACAAUGCAAGCCAUAAAAUUUGAAUCGUCGAAGUGGGUGGGAAAAAAAUGAUGUACUGAGCGAACUACAGAAUGUGUUCAGACCAGGCAGACGCUUAGAGGAUAAGACGUUUGUACCAACUCGGUGCAUAAAGAUUUCAGUAGCUCCAAACAGACCUUUAUGGCUAGCAUUUCUAGAUAUUGAGGGAGCCUAUACGACAACGUGGACAGGGAAUUGUUAUGGGACAUUCUCAAGUACGAAGGCAUAGAUGACGAUUUCGUGGAGCUGCUGAGAGAAAUAUAUACAGACAACACAACUUGUAUAGGAAGGCCGAAUAUGUGAUGAAGUGGCGGAAGUUCACUAAGGACUGAAGCAAGGAUGUCUUCUGUCUCUAUUGUUGUUAACGUUUUAUGUCAAGGGCAUGGAAUGCCAACUGGAAAACAGUGAAUUAGGGUUUAGUUUCUUAUGCAUGGGUAAUGGACAAAUGGGGAAGCAGAAGGUCCCCGGACUGAUGUAUGCGGAUGACAUAGUGCUACUAGCGGACAAUGCAAGAGAUUCACAAACACUUGCGAAUUCUAGGCCUUAAGUUUAGCACAGAGAAAUCGUGAAUUAAGGUCUUCAACGAAGAGACGAGUAAUUACGUGGUGUCAAUUCAACAGCAAGUCAUAACCAUAGUUAAGCAAUAUAAGUACCUCGACGCACAUACAUAAACGAAGGAAAGACUUACUCAAGCAACCACCAAGAUAAUUUGAAGAUAAAGGGGAAGCGGAAUAGGCCAAUAAUGAAACAGAACACUUUAGGGCCGCAAUAAGUAUGAAGUGGUGCGUGGAAUCUGGAAAGGAGUAAUGGUGAUAAUGGUGCCAGCGCUAACGUUCGCAAAUGCCAUUCUCUUCUUAAAAUCUAAUCUUGUCGCGGCUGGAAGUUAGCCAAAGGUCGGUAGGCCGGUUGGCUUUGGCAGCCCACGGCAAAUCCUCUACUGAGGCAGUACGUGCAGAGUGACACAGCCUGGGAGUCGUUUGAAGUCAGAGAAGCGCAUAGCAAAAUUAGUAUUGAAGAUUCAGAAACAUGGAUCGAAGUAAAUGGGCGGCUAAAGUGCGCAAGUAUCUUUACCUGAAAAGCAUGGACACAUAAUGGAUGAAGAGGUCAAGAAAGUUGCCAACCAAGUAAAGGGUAACUGAAAGUGUAAAUAGAGAACCAGGAGCCAGUUAAUUGGAUGCAAAGAACGGAAACAAAAAUGCCAUGUAGAUUUACAAGAAUGAGGAAAUAAAUUAGAAGGGAAAAUCUGUACCAUAACACAAAGGGAAGUGCCUCAACUGCUCUCUGAGGCUCGAUCUGGUUGCCUAAGGACAAACCGGAGCAAUUAUUCGCAAAUAGAUGAGGCAUGUGUAUGUUGCAGCAAAAAUCCGAAGACCACUCGGCACAUUCUAAUAGAAUGCGAAGGGAUUCACCCAGUGAGACCCAGAGGUAAUGCACACCUUCAAGGAGCGCUUGGAUUUAAAGUGGACGGAAGCAUCAACCGGUCAGCAGUCGAGAUAAGCAAGAGACGUCCAGAGUAUUCGUGGAAAAAAGCAGGGACGAGAUUGAUACGACCGGACCCGUUACAGGCAUAGGCAGCGGUACAAGGUAGACGGAUAAGUUUUGAGGAAGAAAAAAAAGAAAAGAUUAAAGACGAGCACAAGAAUGGUAGAAUGAAAAGCAUACAUAGCAUACCUGAUUAACUCAAGCAGUCUAGGUGACUAUUUGUCACCGCUCCUUUCAAAGGGGAUGCCAAUUAAUCAUCAUCAUGAGCGCGAGGGAGGAGCCGGGCAGCCGCAUGGCGCGUUUCUCAGCGUUCGCGCGCGCCAGCGUGCCAUGCAUUUCAGAGGCCACGCGCAGGCUUCGCGGCGGCACCGCUAUGUGGCGCCGCUAUAUGGCGCCGAGUGUUCUUAAGGAAGCGCGAAAGAGGAGCCCCGCUGCAGUACACGCCUCAUGCAUAACCCAUUUCGACGUCAGCAAUACGUUGUGUCGCUGUAUUGAUUCAACGCUAAGCGCAUUACCGUGCACAGUCAUCGUGAGAUGCGGUCUGCCGAUUUUUUUUUUUUUGCCAGGCUGACUACUGUAGUAUGCAUCACUUAAGUUAUAUUCCGUUUCUUUCAAAUUUUUGUUAUAUCUUUUUGCUGGCGUAAUACAACCCGUUUGGCGGCCUAUUCUGCACAAUAUGUGUCAUUUUAGAAGAUCGUCAUCGUCGUCAAGGAAAGGGUGCCUUCACGUGGGGGCUUGCCGCUUCCGUCAAAGAAGCAGAAGAAGAUCAAGGUGGUCGCGUGCCUUCCAGCCUCCGCGUGGCAGCACAGCGUCGUAGCACCGUUUCUGAAACGACGGCGACUUCCCUGCGACCUGGCCGGAGUGAGUGCUGUCCCCCGAAUCUUGGACGCCAGCAUCGCACACGCUUCCACCACGUAUUCAAGAGGCGAGCGCACGCAGAACAAGCGACAUGGCCGUUGCUGCUGCUUCGUCGUCGACCGACAAGCCCGGUGUGGACAAGCGAAAAGUGUCGGCGAAGAUGCUCGUCUCGCUUUACCCCAGGAUUCCAAAGACUGCCUCUGUGCUGCUGGACUUCUUCAUCAAGCGCGAGAGCAAGGUGUCCCUGAUGCGUGAGCCGCUGUCGCACUUCUGCCAGGAAGAGGUGGUUCUCCACGCGCAAGAGUGCCUCCUCAAGCUCAACAAGCAGGUCAUCACGUACCAGGACAUCCGCGAUAUGGUGGAGAAUUUGGUCGGCCUCCACAACAUGUGUAUAAAGAAAAACACGGAAGUUGCGAAAGAACUCGGUGUCACCGUACGCAAGCUGACUAUCAUCGUGGGCGAGGUUGCGACAUCCUUGGAGAAGAUCGCCGAAGUGCCCGUCACGGACUGGAUGGCCAUCGGUGACGCUAUUGUCAACAAGCUUGAACGGAUGAAUCCACCUAAACCACUUCCAUUCGCUAUGUUUAUUCCUCGGAUGCGUGACUUCAAGAACAUGAAGAUGCUCGGAGCCGGCGGCUUUGGGGCCGUGUACCUGGUCACCUACCGUCCUGCCAACUUCGUGGUGACGGUGAAGCUUGUGAACAUGGACCGCUUCAGCCGACACAAGCAGGCCGCCAUGGACAAAGUUGUCGCAUCCGUCAUUAGGAACCCCUUCCUUGUCAAGUACUACUGUUGCUUCUGCGUCAAGGAAGCGUACGUGACCAUCAUGGAGUACAUCGCCGGCUUGGACCUGAUGCGCGUUGUGACCAAGGAGGAGUACUUGGAGAUCGAGGCCGUGCGCAUCAUCAUGGCGCAACUGAUCCUCGCGCUUGAGCACAUGCACUUGCGCGGAUUUCUCCACCGGGAUAUCAAGGUGUCCAACAUGCUCAUUUUGCCGGGUGGGCGAGUGAAAGUCAUCGACUUCGACACAACUAAAGUGUGCAACGGUCACUGUCGCGCUGCCGACUGGUGGUCGACGGGCGUCGUCAUGUACAAGCUGAUGACCGGCCGGGUGCCAUUCAGAGGAAAGUCCAAGCAGCUGCUUCGCGAACGCAUCAUCACGUCGCCGCUGAAGUGGCCGCGUGCCGACGAGCAUCCACACUCGGCCACGACGCCGGCCAAGGACCUGACGUACCGACUGCUCAAGAAGAACCCCGUGGAACGGCUCGGCUCGCGCAACUACAGCGACUUGAAGACGCACCCUUUCUUCGACAAGUUCAACUGGCAGGUGCUUUACGGCAAGACGAACUUGUGCGAAAUACCGAGCAUCGCCGAAAUCAUGAGCAACGACGCCGAAAAAGACCGCAAGAGUGGGGACCCCGAGGACAAGCGCAAGCACCAGCAGAUCGAGGAGAUGACCGACGUCAACGCCGAAAGCCAGAAACCGUUGCUGUGCUAUGCUUCGCCUAGCUUCAAGAAACUCAUGAUCAAGGUAAAGUCAAGCAAGAGCCCUGUCAAGGUGUCUGAUUCCUUCAUGGAGACCAGCGGUCAGAGCUCCGAAGCCAUCGACUAUCAGGAUAACUCCCCCGUGUCCUUGAGCCGAACCGCAGCUCUUAGCAGCAUGGAUGGCAAAGACGGCGUGCACACCGAGAAGGUGGAUCUCAUGCUUUACCGGAAGAAGAAGUACAUGAAGUUCUGGGGCUUCGGCUUCUCGCUGCGUCGGGUCCAGGGAGAGGAAGCGAGCUUCACCUACGUGGACACGGUGACCAAGGGCUCGCCUGCCGACAUGUCCAAGGUGCUGCCGCUGGACUUCAUUCUUCACGUGAACGGUAUCACGGUGACGGAUGCGCCACUGGCCCGGAUCAAGAAGAUCAUCAGCGAUGCCGGCGACCAGAUGGUGCUGUCGGUGAUGUCGUUGAGUCCCUACCGGCUGCUCACGAGCCGUCGAGACAUGCUGGGCAUCAUGCGCAGCAUCCCCCGGGAAUCCGCCGUCGUUAAGGCCGCGACGCCCGGCUGCUUCGGUGGGAGGCCGUACGGCAUCGACAUCCUCGACGUCGACGUCGCAGACGACAAGCUGAAGCAGUCGGCCAAGUGCUUCGUGCUACUGUAUGCAGACGUGGUCAGUUGCAACAACAAGGCGGUCUUCCCGGGUGAUGUGCUGUUCGAAAUCGACGGCACAUCGGUGGACGGCAUGUCGCGGCCACAGGUUGAUCACCUCCUGAGCGCCGGCAAACCCGAAGUCACGCUGUCGGUGGUUCCUCUGUCGCCAAUGCGCAAGCAGCGGUGCCUGAUAUCGAAGAUCAACGAGACAGGCCUGUCCGACACCAACGUUCUGUCCAAGUCUACGGCUGCCUAUAUAGACUGAUUGCUUCACUACUGCCCCUGCCGUCCGGCAGUUGAGUUCCCGUAACGCUUUGACGCCUGCAAUGUUGUGCUUGCCAGAAAGUGCAUAUAUAGGCUGCGAGAACUUGUUUUACGCCGUUUUACACAAACUUCCAUCCAUAACGUAUUUGUGAUUUUUGCAAGAUCUAGCCAUCGCACUUUUGUGUUAGGUGAAGGUAUACGUUUAGAAUGCCUGCCGUAAUUAUGUUGCAUUUGAACGGAACGUUCUUUCAAUGGACUAUACCAGGAUAGUUGUCGACAUCGCGAAUUUAGCGUGUAUUCAAAUAUUGUUCUGCAAUGUCGCAGAGCAGAACAUCGUUUGCGUUCAACGUUAUUGAAAAAAAGCUGCGUAUACAUGUGCGAAGCUUGAACUGGCUGUUACGCAAGAGUGCAACUUUGUGUGAUGAAAUGCUUGCUGGAGACGACUGUGGUAACGACAACGCUCUUCAAUGAUUAUUGUGAAGCUGUGUCAUCGGCGGAAUUUCACAGCCUGGCAGUAACACUGCGAAUCCUGCGGCACCGAUUUCAGCCUUUGCCAUUUGUCUCGUUUUCUAUGUCGUAGAUUGAAAUUAUAGCAACUGCUCCCAUUAACGAGCGCCUCAGACACGUUGGCGUCAUGUUUAGUAGGAGGGUGUACCAAAUGCGUUUCUAUAUACGGUUUUCUCACCGAUACGAGCGUUCUUGUUUAGAGAAUGAAUGACUCUUUUGUGCGCAUCUACCAAUUGUGCGCGCUGAUAUAUUGGCCUAUUGCUUCCUAUUGCUUUGCAGAACAUUUUUCUUAGUUUCAAGGACGCUCUCGCCUGAGGCAACUUGCCCGGUUAGUGGUUACAUAGUCCGUGUUACAAUGAACGUGUGCGUGUUGUGAACCUGUUUGUUCUGCGAAAUAGAAGGCAUAAAUGUGCUUUCCUGAUGAAGCACCAGCAAGCGCCUACAGGCACAUUUCGUACUUCAUUUGUAUUUGAACGAUAAAGGUUGCUGCCAUUUCUUGGUAAAUUGUGCUGUGCAGAGAAGCGUACUUUCAGCGCAGGAAAAGAAUGUGGCCAGGUGCCACCUACAGCAAAACGAAUUUCUUGACACAAGUGCAUGCCAUGUGAUUACCACAAAAUUUUGGAACCGCAUGCGUAUGGUUUCUCCUUAUGGGUUACUACGAGGUGAAAGCACGUAUGUUUAAACUGGUCUAUGGCUCUCAAAUAGUUGGAAGAAAAAUUGAAAUAAAAGCGACGUCGUGUAAUUUGGUGACGGUGGUACACGGGUUGCGGAAUUCCACCCUCCUGUACGAAAACAUUUGUCGCAGUGUUACAAGUACGCCCGUUCCGAGAAAAGAACACGGUACAGUGUCCGGGCUUGACAAUAUAUAGCAGUUAGGAAAGGGUGCGAGUGAAAGCGGGUGAGGGUGAGCCGGCAGUUGCGGCUCACAGUUGUCGCAGUGUUACAAGUACGCCCGUUCUGAGAAAAGCGCACGGUGCAGUGUCCAGGCUUGAAAAUAUAUAGCAUUUAGGUAAGCCAGUAGGCUGAAUGAUAAGCAAAGUAAAGGUGUGUUGAAAUAUCUCGGGCACACAAGGCAGAAAAGUGGGGACGAAUC